AUGACAUACACGCCUUACAACAAUGAUAGCUCGUGCAAGACAGCCGAUCAAGUAUCAUCAGACGUUGCAGGCAUUGCAGCAAAGGGCUUCACAACCCUGCGCCUAUACGCCACCGACUGCUCCGGUCCCCAGAAUAUCGGCUCAGCCGCCAAAGCACACAACAUGAACCUGAUUCUCGGCGUUUACAUCGACAAUACUGGCAUCGGCAGCAACACUGACGCUCAAGUCAGUGCCCUGCUUUCGUGGGGCUCAGGGAACUGGGGCAUGGUCGAGAUGGUAGUGUUCGGCAACGAAGCCCUCUUCAACGGCUGGACUACCGCUUCCGCUCUCGCCUCUGCUCUCUCCAGCACCCGCAGCAAGUUCCGUGCAGCUGGCUACAACGGUCCCGUGACUACCUGCGAUACGGUGGACUCGAUCAACUACAAUUCUAAGACCUUGUGUCCCGUGAUGGACGUGGUGACCGCCAACAUCCAUCCCUUCUUCGCUGAAGUCUCAGCAUCUAGCGCAGGAGACUUCGUUACGCAGCAACUUUCCAACCUGGCUGGGUACUGCGGCAACACGAUGCCAGCGUACAACCUCGAGACCGGCUGGCCGAGCCAGGGUAAUGCCAACGGCGCGGCGGUCCCGUCUUCAGACAACCAGAAGACAGCUAUCUCAAGCAUUCUGUCUGCCGCUGGCCCGAACUCUGUAAUGUUUUCUUACUCCAACGAUAUGUGGAAGGCGCCUGGUAACCUCGAUGUGGAGCAAUACUGGGGUUGCGCGCAGUUAUUCCGCAACAACUAA